CCAAAGCCUGCAAAGGCAGCCGUGAAGAAGACCACUACACACGCCCACAAGAUUAUGGGCUGCUCCUGCCAGGUGGGAACUGGGUGCAGAUGCAACAGCCAUGGGAGGGAGCUGGAGCCCCGGCAACUGGCCCAGAAGGCGGGAAGGGAAGCGCCCAAGAGUCACCCUGCAGGGGCGGCUGCCGUGGCCGGGCGGAAGGGGGCGCCCUCUGGGGCUGGCUAUAAGGAAGGUGUGGCUGCUGCUGCUGCCACCGCCCGCCGCCCUUCUCCCUCGCAACUCACCCACGCGGGGAGGUCUCCCGUGGAGACCGUCAGCCUGACGGCGCGCUCCUCGUCCUGCAGGAAGGCGAGCGCCCGGCCCAGGCGGGAGCUCUUCCCGCUCCGGUGCCUCCGCACCCAGAAGACGCACAGCAGGGCCACCAGGACCCAGCUGAAGCUCAGCCCCAGGUAGCCCAGCACGUAGACGGGGAAGAUGAGCGCGAAGCUCCGCGCGAACUGCGACACCAGAGCGGGCAAGUCGACGCUCAGCAUCGGCGGCGGCUCAGGAGGAGAGGCGGCAGCAGCAGCAGCAGCAGCCGGAGGCUCCGCGGGGUCCGAGGGCUGGGAAUCCCCGCCGGGCCCCGAGGGGCUCGGCGGCGGCGGCUGGGCCCCUGCGCCGCUCAUGCUCUCUGGGCGGUGGCGGCGGCGGCGGAGGAGGGCGGGCGCAGAGGAGGCAGGGCGCGGGAGGCACCAGCAGCAGCAGCAGCCGCCGCGGCUCCUCGCAUCUCUCUCUCUCCGGCGCGCGCGCGCUCAGCCCCGCCGCUCCCGCCUCACAGUUGCUGAGUGACAACAACAAUCGCCCGCCUCCCUCCGCUUCCGGGUUUCCUGAGGCGGGGGGAGGAGCAGGAGGAGGGACCCGCCUAGCCCGGAGCGAGCCAUUCCCUCGGGAAGAGAGGGGGGGAAGAAUGGAGGCGGUCCUUCGGAGACUUGUGGGACAGUCCAUAGGCGGGAGGGGGACGGGAAGGAGCAGAAGAAACGGCUGCCUGACGGAGGAGGGGCGGGGCUCUGAAGAGAGAGGCCCCUCCUCCGUCUACCCCUGCCUCUUCGGUUCCCUGCCCCCUAUUGGCCCACGUCACGUAAUCGGAGCAAAGCCUCACCCCAAGGAGAAGACACCCCUCACGGCGCCCUCCCUACGGAGGACUCUCCAGCAAGUGGUGUCCCUAUGACACCGCCCGCUUGCUGGUCAGCAUCCAGGGAAGCCGCCAGCGCAGCACGCAGGCGCGCGCGCCCCAAAAAAUCAAAACCGCCGUCAAUUCCAUAAAAGGAGACGGGACCCAGAUGCACGUUAUAGUUGAGCGUUUGAAAUGUUCGUCAAAAGAGCAUUGAGUCUUACGUGCAUACGUAGAGCGUGACUUUUUAUCUUACACAUUCUAUUGCUAUGUGUGCUGCCUUGUAUUCGUGCAAAUUGUUACACCAUUUUAGAGACCGGGAUUGGAAACUCCUGUGGGGGUUGUAAUAUUUAUCAGAGGUGAUGAUGGUCAGGCUGGAUUUGUACUAUUUCACACUGAAUAUGCAUAGCUGUCAACGUUUCACUUUUUUAAAGGGAAAUUCCCUUAUUCCGAAUAGGAUUCCUCGCAAGAAAAGGGAAAAGUUGACAGCUAUGUGAAUAUGGAGACUCCGGACUUGUCCACACCUGACUUUAAUGUGCAUUUGAAGCUGUUUGAGAUCCUGUUUUAAGUAGCGUCACCCACAUGCGCUCCCCCCAAAAAGCCCGCUCUUAUCCCACUUCUUUCCCCCCAGUAAAUUAGGUUUGCUCAAUCCGGGGAUAAUCCCAUAAAUUUUUGGAAAAUGUCCCUCUAAACAGCCACACUUGAAACAAAAGAUGCAUGGCUUAGGGUUUUGGGGUUUUUUCCCAACCCAUGAGGCGCUUUACACCCAAGAUCUGCUUGGUUUUCCUACCUUAGUGUUGACACUGACUAUUCCCCAGAGGACAGAAAGUCAAUUGGGAUCUCCUGGUGCAUCUCUGGGAUAUUUGGAAUGAAUUGGCAAGGGUUUCUGACUCCCUCCCAACUGGCUGACAUUAAGACCAGCUAAAAGAUAUUCCUCCCUUAAUUAUAUUGCUGAAACUAGGAACCAGGGAUGCCAGCUUCAAUAAAAUAUUGGGGGGGGCAGGUAAACUGUACCUCGCCUAAUGAAUCACAAUACGCAAUGCCCCUAGGUGUUGGAUCCUAUGCUAGGAACUCUUUUUGGGGAGGGGGAAUCAGGAGUCAGGUGGGGGCUGUAAAAUAAUUAUAAACUCUGAGGCUGCAUACAUGCCAUACAUGUGUUCCUCAGAUGAAGAGCCGUAUAGAAAUUUAAAUACAGACAUACAUUUAAAGCACAUAAAGACUUCCCCCAAAUAAUCCUGGGAAUUGUAGUUUGUUAAGGGUCUUGGAAAUUGUAGCUUUGUGACAGGUAAACUACAGUUCCCUGGAUUCUUUGUGCAAGUCAUGUGCUUUAAAUGUUAUUUAAAUAUAUGUCAUGUACACAGCCAUUAACCAAAUUCCUGGGCUGAGUGUGUUGUCAGAAGCAGCCUGUUCCUUAUGUUCAGUCUGUCCCACUGAGCCACUAUUUUGCACUUGGCUCUGACUGGUGGAUCAUUCCUAUGGUCUAUUUAUGUACAUUCAACCAAAUGUGAGUUCAAACAACUAUAUAUAUUUUCCUCCAAUUUGUCCUUAGUAGGUUCCUCACUGUUCCUAAAGAAUUGAGGCAACCCUUAAGUCCUAAAUACACCUCUGAGUAUAGGAGGACUCUGUGUGUAGGAUUUUCUAAACAUGCAUAGGACCAGACCAUUAGUUCUUUAUGCAAGAGGAUAGUUGAUGUCACUUCAGCGAAGUUCACUUGUGUAACAUGUCUAAGAGAUUUGCACAGGUGUCACACAGGGACAUAUUAUGACCUCGGGAUAUUUGAGAAGAGUAGGAAAGUGGUGGCUGAUUUAUUCACACUAGAGGAGAGCUGUGCUGCAGGCCUUUUUGAGACACUCGGGUCAAACAAAUUAGUUGAGUGUAUUGUAGGGAAGCUACUGUUUAUCUGUAGACUUCGCCUCAAAUUCUGCAAACUUUUUAUGUGCUCCAAGCCCUCCCCAUAUAUUGACAGGUCUUGGGAUAAAUCAAAAUACUGUAAGGUGAAAAGCACUAGUCAGAGCUGCUCGAAAUAAAUCAUCCCAGGAGAGCAUUUUCCCCAGUGGAUUGUUGUCCAGCUGCUCUUCGGAUACAAUUUCCCGUCAGACUUUUUUUUGGUCUGACUGUUAAAUAUGUCAAUUAUAAGUCCACUGCCAUCAAAACUGAUGUCCAUCUUCUGCCAUGACAAUUGUUUUCUCCUAGGUCUGCAAUUAUACUGCCUGUUUAUUUUUAUCUCCCUUUAUAUUUAUGUAUGAUUCUCUUGGAUGUUAGAUAAAAAACCUCAGUCUUCUGGGAUGGCCCUUAGUAGUAAUAAAAAUGGGUUAAUUGAAAUAAACUACCAGCUGCCCUAUAAAUUCUGUCAAGGUCUGCUCCUUAAGACUAGAGCCAGAUUCUUGUUUCCUUCAUGACUUGUAGUACCAUUGAUGUAUUAAGACUGAGAUGGUAGAGGAGCAACGUAGAAUGUAAGCAUGGGGUGGGUAUACAUCAUUUCAUAUUUUUUUCAUUUCACUUUUAAUUUGUAUACUGCCUUUUUAUUUUAUUAUACACAAGGCGGUUUACACAUUUGAGGUCCAUUUGAAGACAAACACUUAGAAUUAAAGCAUUCAGAGCCAGGGUAGACAUUUACUGCAACCUCCAAUGAGUCAGGUUCCAUUGUGGAGGACAUACCUUAAUAGCCUAAAUUCUGCUUAGGAACUUUUGCUUAUAUUGGACAUUUGUAUUCCAAAUUCCACUCGGACACUGAGGUCCAGCACCGAGGGCCUUCUGGUGGUUCCCUCACUGCAAGAAGCCAAGUUACAGGGAACCAGGCAGAGGGCCUUCUCGGUAGUGGCACCCGCCCUGUGGAACGCCCUCCCACGAGAUGUCAAAGAGAACAACAACUACCAGACUUUUAGAAGACAUCUGAAGGCAGCCCUGUUUAGGGAAGCUUUUAAUGUAUGAUGCAUUACAGUAUUUUAAUAUUUUCUUGGAAGCCACCUAGAGUGGCUGGGGAAGCCCAGCCAGAUGGGCGGGGUAUAAAUAAUAAAUUGUUGUUGUUGUUGUUGUUGUUGUUGUAAUCUAACGCAUUGCACACUUCCUCAGACAUAAUGCUGUUGUAGACAUUAUUCUAAUGAACUUUGUAUAUAUUGUUCUACUUUUAUUAUGAGUUUACAAAACUCAGGCAAAAAUUUUUUACUAUUAAAUGUGUUUAAUAGUACAAGAACUGAACUGAGCUCAGUCUUCUACACACAAACAAAAAUCGCCCCCUGAUUAUCCUCCUCACAGUUUUCUUAAUUUCAGCAGUAUAAUUUAAGAGAGGUGUGGCAGAAGUCAUCUUGUUGUUGUCAUUACUAAACAGCUGGAAGUAAAAACAAACAAACAAACCUUUGCUGAUUUACUGGAAAUCACCCAGAGAUCUACUGCAGAGACAGAUCUAUCUUCUACCUACCUCAAGCUAAGCCAUUUUGUGUGGAACUGUAAAAAAAACACAUGCUCAACAUGGAUAUUGGUCUCAGAGGGGUGACCUCCAAAACUCACCCCAAGUGAACCUCAUGUUCUGCUGUGUUUUAACAUUCAUUUAUUUAUGUAAAAUGUGCUAUGAGACUAAAUCAAGCAUCUUCCAGAUCAGGCAACAGAACUCAGCAUUUAUAUAGCCCAUUUUCCCAGAGCUAAAAAUAUAUAAUUGAUAAAUCUAUAAAAUACAUCCAUAAAAAUAAUGCUUUUAUGGAUCUUUUGUUGAUUUCAUCCUUUUAUGUUGCACUCUGCCUUGCUAUAUUUUUAUGAUUAUUUUAUGGAUUAUUUAAAAUUAGUACAUAAAUAAUAUUCCUAUAACUAGCAGACAGUAAGAUUCUCCCCAUGCCUGGUCUGGAAGCUGCAGCUAAUACAGAAAGCUGUAGCCAGACUACUCACAGGAGCGGGUUACAGUACUGGCAACAUAUUACUCUUUUGCUGAGGGAGCUGAACUGAUUGCCGAUUGCCAACUAGGUCAGGUUUAAGUUUUUUUGUGUUAAUUCACAAAGCCCCAAACAACUUGGGCCCAAGGUACCUUACAGACCUGUUUGGUUAUGCUGCACAUCAUCUGCAGGUAUCUUCUUAUGGGGUACUCCUUGUGGUCCCAUAUGCCCCUGAUGUUCAGUUGACUUUUACCAGGGACUGAGCCUUCAGUGUGGAAGGCCUUGACCUGUAAAACUCCUUGCCAGUAGGAGUCCUGCAGGAGUCAUUAUCUGCUUUUAGAUGUCUUUUAAAAACUGCAUGUUUCAGCCAAGUCUUGGGGAUUACGGUAGGUUUUUUAAAAAAGCAACCAGUGUUUAUUGGCAUGUUACUGAAUCCCGUCCCAUGUAAUUAUUAUUGUAUAAUGUUUUUAUAGUUCUUAUGAAAGUGCGGUUUAUAAAAAUGUAAAUAAACCAAAGAGACUGGGCAUGGAGGGGUGGGUUUGACAGAAAACUGGCCUACCUAAAUUGACUUCCGGACUCACAAAUCACAUAUUAACCAACACAGUACGUGGACUGCAGCCCACGCUACAAAAUGUUUCUUAUGAAUUGGACUAUAGCCUGCGAACGUUUAUGCAGUACAGUAAUAUACUUUUUGGCUUUUAAAGUGUCACAAGACGACCCUUUCCUACGCCUCAACUGUUCUUCUAGAUGCCACAGUUGUUGUGAAGGGCGGUACCCCAAAGCGGAUGUAAAUCUCAGAUCAGCUGAGGAGGACGGGUUGUAUCCUCCUCUCGGCUCAACAAAUGAUCGAUCUGAUGCCCGGGGCGACAAUUGUAUUUGCAUCAGUAUCUGUGUCUGUCUUCUUCUUCUUCUUCUUCUUCUUCUUCUGCCUUUAUGCUAGUAUUUUUUAAUGCACAAGCGUGAAAACACAUAAUUCGCCUUGCAGAUGGUGGAACAACAUUAGUUUUUUGAAAGUUAAAAAAAAAAGCCGGAGAGAUCUAUUUCUUCUUCUUCUCUUAAAACGAUGAAGAGCCUUAUUCUGCCAUUUCAAAGAGUUUUUUCCCUGCUUCUAUCGCUGCCGAAAAAGAAAAGGUCGCUCCGGCUAUCUUUUAAUCUCCUAACCGCCUCCCUCCCGAAAUUGCAAUCAGCGCCUCCUCCGUGCGCGCAAGAAGGAAAGGCAGGCGGGCGGGCAAGCGAGCUUUGACUUCAACUCCCAGAACCCCCUGUGCGCUUUCGUCCCGCCUUUAAACCCGGGUAGCUUUCGUUCGAUUGGCCCACCGAGGUCGACUUUUAACCUAUCGGCUGUGACCUUGCUCUACCUCCCUGUUGCUAGGCGGAACUGGGACGCAGUUGCCUAGGUAGCCUAACCUAAGCUGCGGCCUGCAAGUUUUUCCAGAGCCCGAGGGGAAGCUGCGGGCGCCGUCGGGGAUGCUGCACCUCGGGGCGGUUGCGUGCUGUUAUGGAGGGAGAUAAGGUGAGCUGCCCGUCUGUGUGGGGGCACGAGGGGAGGAGGUGGAGAGGGUCGGUGGUGUAGCGUAAAUCUCGCCGGGAGAAAGGCUGGAGGUGGAGGUGGGAACGGGGGGCGCAGCUUUAAAAGGGCAAAUCAAACUCUUAGGCUGCAAAUAUAUCUGGGAGCAACAUAGCAGCAGUUAACUCAGUGCGAACACGCCUAGGAAUGGGCUGCAAGUCUCGUUGGAGAACUUCAGCUGGGCUUGCUGCUUAGUUAGGCACGCACAGAAUGGGGUUUCAAAUACAGUGGUACCUCGGGUUAAGUACUUAAUUCGUUCCGGAGGUCCGUACUUAACCUGAAACUGUUCUUAACCUGAAGCACCACUUUAGUUAAUGGGGCCUCCCACUGCUGCCACGCCGCCGGAGCACGAUUUCUGUUCUCAUCCUGAAGCAAAGUUCUUAACCUGAAGCACUAUUUCUGGGUUAGCGGAGUCUGUAACCUGAAGCGUAUGUAACCCGAGGUACCACUGUACUUGGAUAGCUUGUCACAGAGAUGAUGGGGAUCCUCCACAGGGAGAAGGUUUCAAGCAGUGGGUUAAAGCAGUGGGCUUGGACCAAAUGGCCUUUGAAGCCCCUAGCAAAUCUGGGACUGAUUUCUUCAUACUUCCCUGGGAGUGAGCACUGCUUGAACUUUGUUGUUUAGUCGUGUCCAACUCUUCGUGACCCCAUGGACCAGAGCAUGCCAGGCACUCCUGUCUUCCACUGCCUCCCGCAGUUUGGUCAAACUCAUGUUCGUAGCUUCGAGAACACUGUCCAGCUACCUCGUUCUCUGUCGUCCCCUACUCCUUGUGCCCUCCAUCUUUCCCAACAUCAGGGUCUUUUCCAAGGAGUCUUCUCUUCUCAUGAGGUAGCCAAAGUAUUGGAGCCUCAGUUUCAGGAUCUGUCCUUCCAGUGUGCACUCAGGGCUGAUUUCCUUCAGAAUGGAUAGAUUUGCUCCUGCAGUCCAUGGGACUCUCAAGAGUCUCCUCCAGCACCAUAGUUCACUGAUGCUCAGGAUGUCAAUAUUUAUUCUUGCCAUCUCAAUUUUGACCACAUCCAACUUACCAAGGUUCAUGGUCCUUACAUUCCAGGUUCCUACGCAAUAUUUUUCUUUACAGCAUUGGACUUUCCUUUGCUUGAACUUUGGUGCACCCUAAACAGGUGUUUGCUGGAAAGUAAGCCUUGCUGUGCUCAGUGGGACUCGACUUCUAAUAGGUGGUUGAAGGAUGCUGUCCUGGUCAUUGCCAUUUCAAACGGGAAGUCGGAAGGUGAUGAGCUGCACACUCCUGAAUUUGAGCACGGCAAGGUGGUUAAACAGUGUUGGGUAACUGUCCUGCCUUGACUGUAGUUCUGCAGCCACCAGGCUCCCAAAACACUUUGGCUGCUGCAGCUGGUUUUCUAGCCUUCUGAACCUCUUGUCUUCCCUUAAACCUGGACUUGUGCUGGAACAGGGCCCCACCCCCACUGAAUCUGCUAUUGAGGGUGAAAAGAUGAGCUCCUAGAAUGUGAGGAAGGGGGAGAAGAGCUUAGUUUCUGCACUAGCAGCCAGUGUGGUGCGAUGGUGCCAUCCUCCCAAUAAUGGCACAGCUACAGCUUACCUGGAUGGGGCUGCAGAGGGGCAGAGCAGGUGAUGAAGUUGGAACUCCAUGGAUGCACCAGCAGAGUUGGCCAGUACUCCUGGCACUGUGUCCAUGCAACCUUGAUUUUGCUGCUGCCCCAUCCAGGUAAACUGUAACAACACUGGUGUUGGAAGGGAGGCUCCGUAACUGCGCUACCACACCAGCUGCUACUAUCUCAUUGAAAAUUAUCUAGUUUAAUAGGUUUGAAUGACUAUGAAGAUUUCACUAUUGGUCUCUGCAGUCCAAGCAAACUCCCUCUAUAAUCUCCCGUCAUUUCCAACUGAUAGCAUUGUAGUUUGAGUGCUUGUUCAAAAACCUUGACCAAAUCGUAGUUUUAUUUAUUUAUUAGAUUUGUAUACUGCCCUAUGCUCUAAAUACAGCUCUCAGUUUAAGAUACCUCUCCCCACCAUUCUUUUUGGUCUAGAGAAGAACCAAAGAUGACACUUGGAAAUCAGAUGAACUAAAGAAGCAUCUUAAGGUAAGAUUUAUUUGUACCUGAUGGCAAUAGCAGAGGUGGCGGCCAGAAGAGUUGAGGUGAAGUAAGUGGUGGAAGCUCAAGAGGCCCGCCUCUCUGCUUGUGCUGCCAGUAGGACACCCCUGAGUUUUGGUGAGAGGGAUGUGUGCUGUGUUGCACCUAGGAUGAAGAAGAUGAGCACCAAGGCUUUGAGGAACACUCCCCCUGCUGAGUUGGGUGAGAAGGGAGUAUGUUCCAGCGCACAGUGUUGCAGCUUGUCUUCCCUGUCUCUGGGGUGGCCAAGACUUUGAGGAGUGCCCUUCUCUCACUGAGUUUUGGCGAGCGAGGGAGCAUACUGGUUGUGGUGGAAGUGGAAUGGGGAGGCCAUGACUGCGGGGUUGGCAUCAGAAGGCUGACAAAAUGGAACAGGCUGCCCCUGAAAAGGUGGGUCUUCAAAGACAAAAAAUUGGUAUACACACACACACACAUAUAUAUGUAUAUAUAUAUAUACAUACAAACAUACACACACUCACAUAUAUAUGUAUGUAUAUGUGUGUGUAUAUAUAAAAAAUGUUACUAUUGCGUUUCUUGUUUCCUUCUUGAGGUGUCUCGAUCAGAUAGUCAGUCUGAAGACGGGAGACAUCGGCAGAGGAAAUCACGAGAGGGUGACAGCAAUGAUGCUGAUGACUUGCCAAAGGAUCAAGAGAAGGUCAGAGUGAAAUCAAAAGAAAAAGCAGGUGAAAAAGUGAGACUUAUUAAAUCGAGUGACAUAAGACAUAAGAAUGAAAGGAAAGAGAAAGGAAGAGAAAAAGAUCAUCCCAGAGAACACGAGAGAGAGAAAAUUAAGCUAAAACAUGUCCAAGAAGAAAAACAUAACACUGGGAAAAGUGGUGAGAGACACAGCGGCAAAGAGAGAGAGAGGAAGCAUAAGAAAGAUGACCCCAAUCAAACACUGGUGGAAAAUGCUAUGGAGGCUUUUGGGGAAAGAGAUAAAGAACAUUAUAGAAGAAGAGACAGCAAGGAUCAUGCAGGUGGGAUGGUUUGUUCACUGUAUGUAUUUUUAAAAUAAUGCUUCAGAAGAAGGUGAAAAUGGGCUUCAAAACUCUUGCACAGGAGGCAUGGCAGUGACAUGGAUUGCAAGCAGUUCUACACAAUGUCUUUUUCUUUUCAUCUCCUACUUUGUAAAGAUAGUCUGUCUUAACAAGAUGGCAGACCUAAUAGACUAGGGAGUUUCCUCUCCAUAGGUAUCUGGGCUUUUUUUCUUUUAAGCUCAGUUUCUUUUUCAGAGAUGCUUGCUCCCAUGGGAGUGGUCUUCCUUCCAAUUCAAUUGGGUGGAAUCCAUCAGUACACCUAUGUAUCACUCUGUCUAUUCCUCUCAGAGGUGAAGGACAUUUCUUUGCUCCCUCCUGUGCUUACAAACCCAUAUAGGGAGGCUGCAGGAUCCUCCAUUCCACACACACACACACACACACACACACACACACACACACCCUUCUCUAGACAUUGCUUGUCUUUUGCUUCAUAGGAAGGAGGGUAUUUUCUUCCAAUGCCUCACAUGAUGGAUGUCCUAGCGCAAAGAGAUUUGAAUAAUAAUAAUAAUAAUACCUUUAUUGUCAAUGUAUCUCAAAGAUAGAUUUGGAAACCUUGAAAAAGCUAGUUUGUGCGGAAAAGUUAGAUGAUACUUGUGUGUGUGUUUUUAACAUUUCCAGUAAUUCCAGUAAUCCCCCUAGUUUGCUAUUGGUUAUAUACUGCGCACAUUACUUGAAACAGGCUUGGAAUUGAAGUAACAGCCCUGAAAUGCUUCUUGCAGAGAUGUAGCACAUACUGUAUUUGUGUUGUAUGUAGCGUAAGAGACUGAAAUGUACUGAAGAUAAAACUUCUUAAUUUUAUAGAUGUGAUUGUGUUUUAGAUCACCCAAAAGUAAAAGAUGAAGAAAGAGAAAGAAAACACAGAGAGAGAGAGGUAAGAGAAGGUAAAAAAAUAAUCCUUGUUCUUAAAAAGAAAAAGAGGGGAAGUGUAAAGAAAAAGAAAGAAAAGUUAGCAACUCACAAACAGCAAAUAUGGUAUGCUCCCCCCUCCUCAAAAGUACCUUAACAGAUUGAUAAUUUCUUCAUCUCCUUGAGUUUUUCACACACACACCCUUUUUGCUCUUCCCGCUUCUCCAGCAAUGUGCCAGAACUAUUCUCAAAAGAAUGCUCAGCACAGGCUUGUUGUUGUCGUUAGUAGUAGUAGUAGUGGUAUAUUUCUGAGCUACAAAAUUGUUAAAUUUCAAUUUUGGUUCUUUAAAAGAAAUUUUAAAAUUAUUUCUCUUCAGAAUGAAGAGAGCAGGGAUACUUUGGGUGAGACACACAGAGAUGAAGAACGUGAACACAGGCACAAGUCACACAAGGAACGGGACCCUGAUAAGGAAAGAAGAAGGCAUCGAGAGAAGAAAGAGCAUGAGCUCUUAGCUGUAGAAGGAAAAGAGAAGUUUUUGAAAUUAAGAAGUUUCACAUCUGUGAGGGAUGGGGAAGAAGGGCACACCUCCAGGAAACAUAAGGAGCAGUCUCACUAUGAAGACAGACACCGUAGGGAGAACAGUGAAAGACAACACAGAGAAGAAAACGAAAAGAAGAAGAAAGACCACAAGGUUUGCUUUACAUUGGCUUUAGCUUCCUAGCAGUGCUGGCUAAUAUAAAAUUCAGAAAUUGUCAGAUUUUCCUUGGAAAUCGAAUUUGUGUCAGAAGCGAACAAGAUAUGCUGAGAAAAUAUCAAGAAAUACUGUGGCUUGAAACAAAAAUACUAUAUUAUGCUUUUCCGCAAUGGAAAAUUAUUCAUUAGAAGCCAAAAGUCAAUAAAAGAAUUGAUUGGUUUUGUUACGCUUUCACUGUAUAUGUAUGCCGUCCUUCUCUCAAAGAGUUUAGGGUGGCAGCAUACAUUGGAUUAUUCUAUUUUAUGCUGAAAAAGUGUGAAGUUUGCUGCUUGCAAAACAUGAGAUAAAUUUGAUGUGAGGGUCUAGUUUUUGAAGUAAUCUACAUUUCAUUUCACAAAGUAGUGAAUUGCACAAAAUGUUAUGUGCUCUUCUUUCAUGGUACACAUGAGCUUUAUUUGCAAUAUGGAGAGUAAGUCAACUUUUCAGGAAUUUCUCAAAUUUAGCUAGUUCUGUACGUCUGAUGUACACUUUCCCACAACAGAAAGCAGCAGCUAAACUAAUUAACAGGCUAGUCCUCCCAUGUUUACUUGAAAGUAAUUCUCACAAAGUAACGGUAUUGUGCAUAUAAUAACGAUAUUAUAUAGCCUUUAUGUAGACUAACAGUUGCUUGUCACGUGCCUGUGUACUGUGUUUGCUGACUGUGUUUUCCAAACAUAUGACAGCCAUACCAAUCCAUUUUUGAUCUUGAGUCCAUGCCUUAGGGACCCAGGUCAAUGAUAGACCUCCAUGGCAUGUUAUUUUAUGGCAUGCUUUAAUUCUUUUUAAGGAGUGCUGUGAAUACAGCCCUAAUACAGGCAUUGUUUGCAUAAUAUAUGAUGCCUAUCUGGUGAAUGCUAGCAAUAACCUUAAUCGUUGCUAGUUUUGUCUUCUUUAAAAAUGAAGCUGUAUAUACUAAGAGUCAUUGAUAUAAGACAGCACGUGCACCUGUUAAUGCAUAUAAGGAGAUACUUAGUCGUGUUGAAUGCUGCAAAUCAUUGUAUUUCGAACAAUAUAUUUUUCAGCACCGUGAACAUAAAAGCCAAAGCAAGAGUUCAAGGCAUGAAGCUGAAGCAGGCCAUCCACGUGAAAGGUGGGCUCUGUUUAAAUAAGUAAGAGUAAUCCUCAUUGGGCACAGUGGAGCUUAAAGGUAAAGGUAAAGGGACCCCUGACCAUUAGGUCCAGUCGCAGACGACUCUGGGGUUGUGGUGCUCAUCUCGCUUUAUUGGCCGAGGGAGCCGGCGUACAGCUUCUGGGUCAUGUGGCCAGCAUGACUAAGCCGCUUCUGGUGAACCAGAGCAGCACACAGAAACGCUGUUUACCUUCCCGCCAGAGUGGUACCUAUUUAUCUACUUGCACUUUGAUGUGCUUUCGAACUGCUAGGUUGGCAGGAGCAGGGACCGAGCAACGGGAGCUCACCCCGUUGCGGGAAUUUGAACCGCCAACCUUCUGAUUGGCAAGCCCUAGGCUCUGUGGUUUAACCCACAGCGCCACCCGCUUCUUCUGAAUAAAUACAGUGGACCCUCCGAAUAUGAACUUAAUUCGUUCUGGGGGUCCAUACGUACCCCAAACAGCCCACAACAUGAGGCGCCACUUCCGCGCACGUGUAUACACUUCCAGGUUUGCCGCGAUCGCAACCCGAAAGUUACAUUAGCCGAAGGUAACAUAACCCGAGGGUCCACUGUAUGUAUAUGUUUCCUGCUUUGCAGGGAGUUGGACUAGAUGACCCUCAGGGUCUUUUCCAAAUCUACGAUUCUAUGAUUUUAUUUAUUUGUGCCUGGCAUUCUUUGUCUCCAAAGUGUGUGCAAAGGCAGAUUGCUUACCCAUCUGUUUCCACAAGUUAGAGCAACAAGGGUGUUUUGAUUGCUUGUGUCCUGCCUUCCUCCUUUUGAUUAAUUUUCCAGGGGAAGAGGGGCCUGAAAAAUAUAUUUAAGGCAGUAAUCCUGUAUGCAUUUUUCUGGGAGUAAGCCUCCGUGAAUCCAGUCACACUUACUUUGAAGUAGACAUAUAUAGGAUUGCACUGUAAAACUCCUAAAAUAGCCAACAUACAUAUUUUGGAAGCAUCAUCGUAUAUUUUUUAGAUGAUGCGUUAUAGAUUUGAGGGAAAUAUUUUCAGUUCCUAGGCACCAGCUUCUUGGUAAUUUAUUUAUUUGCUUAGACAUUUUGUAAUUGUGUUGGAUAUGUUUUCCAGCCAGACAAAAAGCUGUCUGACUUCUUUUUGAUAUCUUUUUGAUUCCCUCGGGACCCUGUUUCAAACAAAUUAAAGCCCGCCACGGGGUUACAUGCUUCUUCUUCUUCUCCUUUCCUUUUGAACUGCUUAGCUCUAUUCUUGGGAUAAGAGCAAGUGCUGCUGGCAUCUCUUUGUUAAGCUUGGAUAGGUCUUUAUAUUUAACAUAGUGAGAAACUGCUUUAUGCGAAUUCUGCAAUGAAAUGACGGUCUUGGCCAUGAGCGUUGGGAGAUAUCUUUUAGUUAUUUGGAGUGGGGAAGAUUUAAGUUUUAUUUCAUGAGUUGUAGGAUUGUUUUAGAAAUCCAUUCUUUAAGACUUGAUGAAAUGCCAUUCACAUUUUCUGCUUACUGUAAGUGAGAGCUGAUCCAAAAUUUGAAAGCUGCCAAACCUUUGUAAGCAAGGAUCUUGUUUGAUUUUCUGCCAUCAGAAAUAUAUGGAUACUUUGGAAAGGACGGGGUGAACUCCACAGUACGUCUAUUGUUCCUCAGUAUAUUCUCUCAUCAAAAGCAAAUAAUUUCUGUGUUGGAGAGACAUUACAAAGGGACAAGGCAUUGUUAUGAAAAGUAGUUCAGUUCUGUUCUUAUAGGGGUUCACAGAUCUCACUAUGUGAGAAAGUCACAUGUUACAGUGUAAGUGGGAAAAGAUUCAACAUAAAUCACUUAUCAUUACCCCCCCCCUUCCCAGCAUAGCUUAUUUGAACAGGUGUAAAGCAGUUCUGAGACCUUGUUUUCCACAGAAAUAGUGUUUGCUUGGUAGGCACUCCUUUUAAUUCUGUGUUUGGUGUUUUCUUCUCAUUAUAGUGGUACAAAAGAAAAAGUAAAGAGCCAUGUCAAGAGUGAAAAAGACGCUACAAAACGAGAAGUAAGUGGUUUUAUUUGGAGUGUUCUAAUGCAAGAAUAUUGUAGGAAUUAGUAAUAAACCAAAGGAACAAGAACCUAAAAUUUAGUGAAGAGUUACAAAGGGGGACUCCUAAUAUAAGGCACAGCCACAGCCUUUUAAAUCAUGUCAAUCUGAAUAGGAGAAUUAAGUAUAUACUUGUUUUUCUUCACUUUCAACUAAUGGGAUUGGAAGGUGUUUAUCUUUAUUUGAAUUGUGCUUAUACUAAACUUCUGUUCUAUGUUGUUGAAAGUUUGCACCCAGUUCUAAGCUUGGUCUUCUGCAUGCUUACAUAUAAGUGAGUUCUACUGAGCUCAGUGGGCUUUUGCAUAAAAUUGCAACCUUUUGGCCCGAUCCUAUGCAGGUCAAGUCAGAAGUAAGAUACAUUAAGUUCAGUGGGACUUACUCCCACAGUAACUAUGUAUUGGAUUGCAGCCUUAGACACAUUUACAUGGAUCAUGCACAAAACGUAUCGUCAGAAACUUCUCAUGCUGUCUCUCUCCCUGGAGAAUUUUAAAAUGCUCACGAUUAUUUAUGGACGUAGACAAAAAAAAAUCUAAAAAUGAUGUAGUAUCUGACUGACUGCAGUUUUUUAGUCUUUUAGUCAGGGGCUGAGUGUUCCAGAGUGUACACCCAAUGAAGACAUAAAAUAAAGUUUAAAAGGGAAAAAAAUACUAUAGCCUUUCACACAUUUCAUAGAUUACUCAGCACUAUACAGGCCGCAGCAUAUUAGAGAGCAGGAGGCUCAUCAUGGGAGAGACAUAUUGGUAGAGCAACUUCCAAAAGGAUAGUUGUCUUAUGUUUGUUACCGUAAAUACAAAAAAAAAGUGUGUCUUGUUGCAUCUUGAAAGUUUGAUUGUGGCAUAGGUUUGCCAACUUUGUCUGAUGUUGUUGACAUUGGACACGGCGAGAAAACAAAGUCCUAAAUAAAUAUAAUCAAGGAAUAUAUUUAGCAUGCCUGUUUGUAGUGUCUGAUAUAGUCAGGAUUUGGGGUGGGAGUUGUUCUACAGAUAAAAUACAUAUAAAGUACAGUGAGGCUUUUCUAAGACUGAGAUAUUAACAUGUGAGGAAGGGCAGCCUUGGAAGUUGAAAGCAUAAUAUAAGAACUAAGUUGUAUUAUUAGAACUCCCUGCCACAUUUCAGUGCUUUUCUCUUAUGAGUUGUUUUAUCUAUUGAUAUGUUAGCGCCACAAAAGUGACAACCUGUCAGCUGUGGGAUCCCAUCGGCAAAGGCUAUCAAAUGAAGAAAGUGGCAAUGUAAGAGCUGCAUAUUAUUACGUUCAUUUUUUAAGGAGCACAGCAGUGCCAGUUAAAUCUCACUGGUGAAAUAAAUUCCAUUAAUGUUUUCAUUUGUACAGUUAUAUUGUGAUUUAAUUCAGUUGUUUGCAUUUUCUUGCUAGAAACCAAAUAAGGACACACCUUAUCCAGAUGCAGAUUAUGAUAAUGAUUCUGUGAACUAUGAAGAUGAUUUUGAAGUGAGUGCAAAGGAGUAUUUUUUGAAGAAGGUAGCGGUAUCAAAUAAAUGUAGCUGAUCCACAAGCAGUAGGAAUAUAGAAAUCUAAUUGCAAUGACUUCACAGCGACUUAAUUCUUUAAAUAUAUCAUGGGGAGAUGCUUUGGGGAGGGGGGGGGAUACAGUCGUACUUUGGUUUUCGAACAGCUUAGUUUUUGAACGUUUUGGCUCCUGAAUUCCACAAACCCAGAAAUGACUGUUCCGGUUUGGAAACUAUUUUUGGAAGCCGAAUGUCCAACGGAGCUUCUGCGGCUUCCAAUUGGCUGCAGGAACUUCCUGCAGCCAUUCAGAAACCGUGCUUUGGUUUCCAAACGUUUUGGAAGUCGAACAGACUUCCGGAACGGAUUCCAUUCGACUUCCAAGGUACGACUGUACUGUCAGCUACUGUCAUAGAAAAAUAGAAAGGAAGGAAGUUGCCUUUUACUGAGUCAGAAGACCACUAGUGUUAUUGUUAUUUAUCACCUGUCUUUCAUACUAAUGUUCCAGGGUGGGCUACAAUUAUUAAAACGCAAUAUAAAAAAUAGUUUAAACAACUUACAAUCACAGUAGUAAAGAAACUGGAACUUUCUCUGCUACUGAGCUAUGACCCUCACCCAGAGGCUCCUUUCCUUUAUGUCUCAAGGAGGGCUGCAUGUUUUUUGUACAGAACUCCACCCAAGAGAGCUUGUUUCUUUAAAACAAAUUGCGCAGUUACUUCCGCUUACACUGUUUGUUAAAUGUUGUUCUUAGUAAUGGAUAUUAAACCAUCACCAUUUUAAAAGAAAAUCUGCAAUGGCAAGAGGAAGCUUGAAAGCUUUUAGGGUUGCAGAAUUGGCAGUGGAGAUUGCUGAGCAACGCCAUUGGUAUGGGCUUUUCAUUUGUGCUUUAAGAAAAGUAAUUGCUACUGUUCUUAUUGAAGGAUUACGAAGAUGAUUUUGACGACAUAGAUGAUGAAGAUGAGGAUGAAGGUGGAGAUAGCCAAGAGCAAGAAAAGGAAGAAAGAGAAACAAAAGAAAAAGUAAGAAAAAUUCCAGUAGCCAAGAGCGCAGAAGUAGAAGCAAUUCAAAAAGCUAUUAAUGCUGAAAAUGAAAAGAUUGAGACCUUCCUCCCAAAACAAAGAGAGAAUCCAAAAGGAAGGGAAAAGGAACUGAAAAUAGGUAUGUGACUAGGUACUUACUUUUGGUUAGCAGUCAUAAGAGUGACCCAUUGUGGAUGUACACAAUUUUUUUGCACUCAUUGUACAGUGUAAGGUUAUUUCCUGUGGCUUUAAUUGCAACUAAAGGUGAAGUAGGCAAGCUUGUUGUUCUUUUUGACCAUUGCAGGCUUCAUCCAUGUAUAUUGGAGUCAUCCGCUUGCAUUUUAAAGAUUUCAUGAAUAUACUUACUAUCUUGCAGAAAGGCAAGAGUCACCCGCUCGAAGUCCUGUUUCUGGAAAGUUCAUUGAUUUCCAAACUGCCAAACAGCGGCAAAGUAUCAGAAAGAUUGCCAGUGAGCAGAAGUAGGUAGUAUUAAAAUAUAUCACUGCAUGUAACUUUUGCAAGAUGGCUUGCAUGUAAACUUCCAGUAGUUGUUUUUUUUUAAUGUUACAAGUGUUGUACGCCUAACAAAGUGCAAUAAAAGUAUUUUUGUGAGCAAUUCAUGUGUACUAGGUUUAAAUUGUUUGCAUGUGUCACAAUCCUAUAGGGAUAGAAAUCGGUUCAUAUUUGCAUGAUUCUAGAACAGCAGCUUAUCUGUGGAGGUGCCAGAGAAGACAGAAAAGUCUUUCUGGCCUUUCCUGCUGUCUCUCUUGACUCAGCUCAGACGCUGUGAUGUAGUAAUCUUAGCCAAUGCCCAUUUAUAUUGGGCAGAAAACUAUUUUGUCCCUAAUCUGCUCCCAGUAAGCAACAAAGCUAUGUUUCCCUUAGUUAAGGGAGCUUGAUGAUUUCCACUCUUGACUUAAGGCAAGUUCUGCUUCAAAGUUGGGCUAGUGCAGGAAAAUGAGGGGGGAAUUGUGUCCUUAUUAGUUAUCUAGUUUAGCAGUCUGGUGAUCACAUUCCAAAAUAGUCUGCUCAGAGACUUUCCUUCCUGGGGAAAAAAUGUAUAGAUAACUAGUUUCAUCUUAGUUUUUAUUCAGGAAGAUUGUUAAAUCGGUUUUUUAUUUGUUUUGUUUUUCUUGGUUGUAAAUCGUUUUGAGACCUUUUUGGUGGGAAGAGAUAUAAAUUUAAUAAACCUAAACUAGGAGUAUUCUCUGUCACCUAAUAUUACUGUUUAACAUAUACUUAGAGUCAACGUAUAUGUUACAUUUAAAACCUAAGGUAUUUUAAGUGUAAACCUAAAAGCAUAGAAUAUGAAUGCUAUAAAUAUGUGCUUGCAAAAACAUGUAUUGUGCAGAUACAUGUCAGGCAGCUGUGAUUUGCUGCAGGUCCCUGUUGAUCUUACAUUUGGUGACAAACCUGUGUUGCUCCCUGUGUAAUGUCUGAAAGAGCCCUUAGUGUCGACAGCAUGCUAUGUGCAGUAAAGUAUACAGAAAUGAAACGGCUCCUACCCAGGAGGCAUUCAAUUGCGUUAGUCUCAUUCUCCUCAAAGUGCAUUGGAACUGCAGACAUAAAACCAUUCCUUCAGAUUAUAUGCCUUGAUUUUGAACUCUUUGCUCUUCCCUUUAGGAGUGAGAAUAUUUCUAGACCUUAUAGUACAUGUCACUAUAUUUAGUUCUUACUAGCCAUUUUGCUUUCUUGUGACGUGUUUUCAAGGAAACGUAGCAUUGAACUGCUCCGACUUAUUGACCUGGACUUUUCAGUCACCUUCUGUUUGCUGGAUUUGCCUCCAGUGAAUGAAUAUGACAUGUAUAUCCGGAACUUUGGGAAAAUAAAUACCAAGCAGGUACACCACACAGCAUAUUCAUUCUGACUGCUCUCAUUUCUUGUUCACUUGAUUUCCUGUUCCCUCUCAUCCCUUCUUCCUUUUCUGGUGUGUUUUUAGCCUACAGACAGGAAGUAUGCUAUUUUUAUUUAUUUGUCAGCCAUUCUGGGAGCUUUCCUGGCUAAAGGGUGGGUAUAAAUGUUUUGAUUAAAUAAAUACAACAUUUUCAGUACUGACAGUACCCCAAAACAUUCAUUAAUUUCUGAUAAUGAAGUUGGCAAUGGGGUAUAUGUUUCUAAUGCAAGAGAAAUUGCGUUUGCCAUUGCUAGUACUUUUAAAGCCAAGAGUUACAGCCAUAAGAAUUUUCACACUAGGGCAAACUAGAAAAAAAGUUAGAUACUUAGUAGGUCUCAUCCAGAUGAAAUCAGUUAGACCUUAGGUCUUUACUGUGUUCUUGGUGUUAAUGGAUAACAGAGCAAUCCUAAGUAUAGGAUGACAGCAUAGUUUAUGCUAGGAUAAAUCAUGCCAGUGUAAUUUAUCCUCUAUUCCAAACUCCAUUCAGGAGUGAGGCUGCUGCCAGCUGAACAAACCUGAACCUAGCAGAUGGAAAACAAGCCUUUAAAAUAAGAGUUUGACUUGCACCACUCUUUUUGCCAGUGUAAGUUCCAUUGGGUUGCCAGGUGCAAGUUUCUCUUUGUCCCAUCACACCUCUUUUGGGGGACUUCUGCUGGCUUAAAUUCUUCCAUAUGAACCCAUGGAUGAGGGAGUUUCGCUGGCUCAUCCAGGAAAGUCCAAGAUCCACCUAUUCCAAACUCACUUGUCUGAUGCACACAGACACACCCCUCCCUUUGGUUGCCUUGACUGAGUCUUCCAGGCCAGGAAUAUUUGGAUGCUGCUAUCCAUUAUUGUGAGUAAUAGUGUUCCUUGCUAGUCAGCAGCUUCCAUUUAGUACCCCCAGAGAAUAUACUGCAGAGUCAACAGAACAGACCUUCCAGUUCAUUUAUUUUAUUCCUUGGGGACAAAAUGCAUAGUUCAUGUUUCCAUGGGAUUCAGCAAGAUUAAUGUGCCCGUCUCUUCUUGAUUCCAAACAACUACUUUUUAAACUCAGUUCUAUAGGCAAUCGUGUUCAAAGAUUUUAUCUUAAACAUCCAAAGGAAAAGAGAAACAUUAUUUUCUUUAUACUAUGAAGUAGAUGAUAACGCAACUUUGUACAGUACCUUGAAUUUUUCAUGAGGUGCAAAGUAUUUUGGGAUACAGCAGAUGGGUAUUUCAAGUGGCUCACAGCUGCAGGUGCUCAGAGUGAAUGGGAUAUUUUCAUAUUUCUACUUUAGGCCUAUGUACAGUGGAAUGAAGAUAACCUGGACAGGGAUGUUCAGACUGACGAAAUAGAGACUCAAGAAAAAUGGACCCAACAUCCUGGAGAAACUGCUGUUGUGUCUGGAGGUGAUUAUUAUUUAGAUAUGUAGAGGUGUUAAAAUGUAAUAUAAUUCAAGAACACGCUAAGAGAAACCUCACUAUGUAUCUCUUAUUAUCAAGUGGUCAUUUCCUAUUGGCUUUAGCAACACAAAAUGUGAAAGCAGUUUGGAACUUUCUGGGUAAUGUACUAUCGUCUUUCCUUGGGUCUCAUUUCAGGUCCAAAAAGCAGCAGUGAUGUAUCUUCCCUUACCCCAAAGAUUGAUUCCCAGAGAUUGGCAAGUUUUCUGAGAUCUGCUUGUCAGGUAUAUAUUUUACUUUUUAUAUUCAUGCUUAAAAUAAUAAUUAGCAGGUACUUUUUAUCACAUGUGGUGGACCUGUCCUAAGGUAAAAGACUUCUGGGAAAAGAUUUAUAAUGAAUUUUAAAAAAUGAUGAAAUACACAUUUAUAAAGAAUCCAGAAGCCUUUCUCCUUGGAAUAUUAGGUUCUGAAUUGCCCAAGAAAGAUGUAAAGGUAUUUUUGUACGCCACAACUGCUGCAUGAAUUUUAAUAGCCAAAAAGUGAAAAACACAAGAACUACCAACUGUGGAAGAAUGGCAAUUCAAGAUGAUGGACUUUAUGGAGCUGGCUGAUCUCACUGGGAGAAUCCGCGACCAGAAAGAAGAGGAAAAUCAAGAAGACUGGAAGAAAUUUAAAGACUAUUAAUCUUUAAUAUUGUAAUAUUAAAGAUUAGUAGUUACUUGAAGGUACUAAACAGGCUUAGGACUAAAUUAAGACUAAAUAAAUAAAUAAGACAUAGAAUGUUAAGAAAAGUUAAGAAAUCUGAUUAUAAACUGAAUAUUGUACUUUUGAAUAAUGAUAUAGGAAAACUGCUACAUUCAGUUACAAGGAAAUUCAGAUGGAAGAGAUUAGAGGAAGUCAAGUAAUACGUUUAAGAAGUUGGAAAUUUAAUUAAUUAAUCAGCUUUUAUUGCUUAUAUGUUUGAGGUUGUAUUUUUGGUUAUCAUUUGUUAUAUUUGUUCUAUUCUUUUUUUCUUUUGGUUUUAUUGAUUUUAUAGUAUGUGCUGUAUUUGUAUGAAACUUAAUACUUGGGGAAAUACUUGGGGAAUACUUGGGGAAAAAAUAAAAUAAUAAUUAGCAGUAACCAUAGUCUGGAGCUUAAUAUAUUCCUUACAUAGACAAGAGACAGAAUGAUCGCUUGUGUUUCCCCUCACCUGGUUUUCAUUCUGUAGGAUGGUUUUCCUUAAUCAAGUAGGAAUGGGUACCCAUGGAAGAACAAACUCCUCUAUAACAGCUCCGCAAAUUCAGUUUUUCCGCUUGUCUUGAAACUACCCCACAAAACUUUCCCACCAUCUUCUAUCUAAGUCAUUGAAGUGAGGUAAAAGCAGUUUAAGCCAGCAGACUCCUUAGCAGGUUAUUAUCACUGAAGGAAAGAGUAAUAGAUUUCCCCCCACAUUUCUAACAAAUACUAUUUUUUUUAAAGGUAAUUGAAGUUCUGCUUGAGGAAGAUCAAGUAGCAACGCAGCCCCGGCGGAAUCUGAGAUCACGACCAUCCAGUCUGUCUAUUAGUGACAGGUGCUUCCAGUUAAACACCAAUCUUCCUUUCUUGAAUGGUAAGACGCUUUUUGCUCUUCAUCUUGUAGUGGGGCACCAGAAACUCCUAUUCUUUUGCAGACAUGUCUAGAUCUUUUGCCUGUGACUGAUACAUAGUGAAAGUCAUGAUGCUGAGCAGUUUAUAGAAGAACCUCCUUGUUCAGAGGCAGUAUGCCAGAUCCCAGGAACAAGCAACCGGAGUAGGGCAUCAUUGUUUUGUUCCCUUCUUGUGAAUUUCCAACAUUAUCUAGCCGGCUGCUGUUGGGAACAGAAUUGUAGAUGCAGCGAGACAAUCCUUACAUUCUUCUGACCCAUCUGCAGCUCUCUGCAAAGUUAAAUUCAACUAAUUUGAAUACAGAAGCAUGCCUGUUAGUUUGCCUAGAUAUGCAGAAGGCACAAGUUUUACAUAGCAGCAGCUUUUGUCUUGCAGACUAAGGGCUAAAGUAGAUAGGAUAAGGGAGAACCACGAUUAGACACCCUAUCAUCAAACCAAUACCUCUCAAGUGCUUCUAUUUAAACCAAAAUCAGACACCACCCUUCUUGCUUUUAACUAAAAAGGGAAACAUUGGGAGAUCCAGUCACAAGUCUCCUGUGUAGUUGAGCCAUAAUAGAUUUUUAAAAUGUCAUCUGUGAUUUUUGGUUUCCCCCCCUAGGUCGAAGGGUAUCCUGUUUGCACAUCUCACAGGGUCAGAGGCAAGCUCUGCUUUCUGUUCAUGGGUUUCCUGAGAAGUCAAAUGACUUACCGCUGGACAGCAAAUACAUCAUUUGUGUAUGGAAUGUCUGGCAACCUUCUAGUCCUCAGAAAUUACUGUUUUGUGAAUCUCAGGUAUGCUUUAACGAUAUGCCACUGUCUAAUGCACUAGCACCCACCUCUUUGUAUAUGUUCUAAUCUAAUUGUUGCCUGCAGACCCACAUCAGCCACAACCGCACCCAAGACUCCUGUCUUACCUUUCGCUUCUAGUACUGCCACCUUCCCUGCUUUCCACUUUCAUCACAGAAGAGAAGGGAAGAGAGAGAAACAAGGAAAAACCCUCUCCAGGUUACCAGAGUAUUGUAGAUUAAGUGGAAGGCAGUUAUAACAGGAUUUUUCCUCAAGUGCACACUAAUAAUAUUUGAAUACAGUGGUACCUCGGGUUAAGUACUUAAUUCAUUCCGGAGGUCCGUUCUUAACCUGAAACUGUUCUUAACCUGAAGCACCACUUUAGCUAAUGGGGCCUCCUGCUGCCACCGUGCCGCCGGAGCACGAUUUCUGUUCUCAUCCUGAAGCAAAGUUCUUAACCCGAGGUACUAUUUCUGGGUUAGUGGAGUCUGUAACCUGAAGCGUAUGUAACCUGAAGCAUAUGUAACCCGAGAUACCACUGUAUCUACAAAGCAGUUUGGGACUGCUAAUCUGAAAAUUGUGUUAAUUUUAUAUCCAUGGUAUGUUGUCCAUUUUGGAACAUUCUGCCUCGCUAUAUGACAAAAGAGAGAUUGACCUGGUGUCCCUACCCAGGUAGCCAAACCACCACACACACCCCAAGUCCAGGUUCAACAGCAACUGAAGUUGUUCCAGUUUGAUUCAGUUCAGACCAAUAAAGGUUCAUUAACUGGGUCACCACAUGUGGGUCGACUGGCUCAGUUCUGAUUAAUUCCCUUAAGUCAAAUAUUAGAAAUAAAAUGUUUUAAUUCAACUCAGCAGCAACGUAUUAUUUAAUUCCCCCCUAUAGAGACUGGCUGAGCACUGCAGCAUGGGGAAGGCACUCUGUUAUGCACAAGAAUAAUAUCCUCUCUUCUUUCCUUCUUUCAGCAGCCUGUUUUAUCUUUAAAAUUUGCUACAGUGGUUUCUGUCUCAAUGAGGAAGCUUACAUCCAGCUCAGCUUCCACACCCCCUCUUACAGUCUGCUCUCUAUGGGAUUUUGAGCAUGCCUGUGCAUUUAGACAGUCAUGGGCUAAACCCAGAACAGCUGUUGCUCGGGGAAAGAAAAGUCUCAACUCGAAGAUUUGACACACAGAAAUUCUUGUUUUCUAUGGGAACAAAUGUGCAUUGGGAAUUCUUCUGAUGCCCCUAAAGAGAGUGAUCUAAUUUAUUUAACUUGUUUGUUUUGCAUGUAUUUUGUAAACAAAGCAAAAUAUAUGUUAAAACUACCAAGCUCAUGUAAUAGUCAUUUGUAUUUGGCAUCUGUUUUAAUGAACUUACGAAACAGAGUUUUCCAAGGGGAAAUAAAGCACUGAAAAAUUUUCCACCCCACAUCAUUGAGAUAUAUUCCUGUUCAGGUGCUACAAAAGCUUUCAGACAGUAGUUCAUCUUUUAUUUUUGUUGGGGGGGGGGAGGUUCAUUCCUUUAUGUUCUGUUUGAUUCCAUAGUGUACUGCAUGUGAAAAACUGAUUACUUUGUGUCAUAUUUUAUCAAAUUUGUAUACACUGGUACCUUGGUUCUCAAUUGUCUCGGAAGUCGAACAUUUCGGUUUUUGAAUGCUGAAAACCUGGAACUAACUGCUUCAGUUUUCAAACACUUUUUGGAAGUCGAACGUGCCACGCAGCUUCCGUUUUGAGUUUUCCAUAAGUAAAUUCUUCCAGAAUGCCUGCUUCAGUUUUUUAACGUUUCGGAAGUCGAACGGUCUUCCAGAAUGGAUUACAUUCGAAAACCAAGGUGCCAGUGUACCGCCCUUCAUCCACAGAUUUCAGAUCAGUUCACAACAUUAAAUUAAAGUGUAAGAUUAAGGGUUCAAGACUACAUCUACCCCCACAAUCAUUGCAUUACAUUAACACUAUUUAUAUUAUAUCAUUGGAAUGGUGCUAAUGUCAAAUGUGCUCCACGUAGGCAAAACGAAAUUUAUCAUUUCUCUUCCCUUCCAUUAAGUUGGACUCCCAUCGAACCAAAACAUAUUCAGUAUAACUAUAUUUCCCUCAUUUGUAAUUCUGGGAUAUUUUGUCUUGCCGUAUAGGUGACAUGCUGCUGCUUUAGUCCUAGUAAGGCUACUUUAGUGUUUGCUGGAACAAUCGAUGGUUCAGUGCUGGUAUGGGAUCUCAGAGAAGACUCAAGGUUGCACCACUGCAUGAAGGUCAAUGAAACAGAUUGGACAUUUCGAUCUCCAACGUUUUCUACCGGUUGGUCAACAUCCCUUGAAUGAUAUCAUCACAUCUGUUGCAAUCUGAGUGGCCAGGACCAUGAUAUAUGAACAAGCACAGUUCAUAUAUAUGAAGUUGUUCCAAUUCCAUUUUGGGUAUCUCUCCCCCCCCCCACUCCAUGCAAAAGAUGUGUAAAAAGAUAAGUCAAAGGCUGAACCCAUGUAAUUAAAGUUGAUGAAAAGAAGAUCAGUGAAGUAGUAUCAAUCUUUUUUUUCUUUUAUUUUUGCUAGAAUAUAUACCAAGCCUGGCAUGUUAUUAGCAAUACUUCCAACAAAGUUUAAUUGUUUUUUAAUUAAUGCUUUUUCUAUGUUUUCAGCGGUUCUAAUUUUUAUGUGUAAGCUGCCCUGUCAGGGGAAAAAGGAGGAGUAUAAAUAAAUAAUGUAGUAAAUCUAAAUGUUAUUCCUAGUUUGACAUGUUUGCCAUUUUACCACUCAAGUGGCUUGUAUGAUGACUUAUGAUUAAUACUAGAGAGUUUAGAGUUAAUUCUGCUCCCUGUAUCUUCUGAGGAAAAGCACCCCAGCUUGAAAUGCAAUGGGCGUGGUGCUUUCAGUAUAAUAGGGUUAACACUUAGUGAAGUUUUUAACAUCAUAUGCAGUAAUGUAAACAUGUAUUAAAGAGAACAGAGACCUUAUCUGAAAUUUGGUUUUUUUAGCACUUUUGUUUCCACACCAGUUUAGCAGUCACUACAGUCCUGAAUUAAACAAAACGGGGGUUGGUUGGAUGGGUGGACUUACUGUUUGCUUAUUUCUCAACUAUAGAUGGAGUAUUUGCCUCAGUAAACCACACAUGUUCUGUGCUGACAGUCGAACCUGUCUCAACAUCUGUCUUCAAGGAGCAGAAUUGUGGUCUUUCCUACCUCUCAUCUCAGGAGGGUACGUAGACCGCUCUCCAGAAAUUGACAAAUAUUCUUUGGAAAUACAGGUUGUGCCCACAGUUGUUAUUGUUCUGGAAUUCCUUGCCUAUAAACAUUUCUGUAGUUCAGAAGCCAUGGUUGGUUUAGCCAAAGUAUGGCUUGUUUGAACAUCCUAACUCAGUCUAGCAGACAAAUAACCUUGGUUUAUUUUCUGGGAUCAAACCAUGCUGUUAACUAAUUCCAUGGAAGCAAGAAGCUCGCAGGUGGUGUCCAAUCAGUAGUCUACAUCAAACAGCAUGGUUUGCUAAAGGGAUCUCAUUAUUUUGUAGUCUUUGGCUUCUGUAAAGCUGGGGAGCCAGAGGUACUGCAGGAGAGUCAUCUUCUGAGUCAGAGCAUGGCAACAGAGUUGUCCUAUGAUGGGAAGAGCCCUGAAGAUGGCACUGCAUGUUCUUCCUUCUACUCACCACAGUGAAGUCACAUGAACCUUUCCACAGUCGUCUGCCACGCAUUGCAAGGUCCUCAUUUCGUGGGUCAUGGCAGAUGUGAAGCCAUAGUUUAUUGCUGGCUUUUGAACUGCGGCUUAUCUUUACUACGUUUUGGCAUUAUGAAUGAACCCAACAGCCUUGCUUAAUUGUGGUUUAUUUGACCAUCCCAGCUACUUGGCAAACUAAGAGGGACGGGCAGUUAGAAAACAAGCCAAGCAUUAGAGACACCUGCCGCAGGCUGGUCAUUAUUCUGCCGCUGAGUUUCACUGCACGGUUUGUUUCAUUCUGUAUUUGUUUUAUGGCAUGGUGAUAUUUUAAAUUGUUUCUUUCUAUCAGCUGGCUUGAGGAACCUUGAUGGGUGGAAAGGCAGCAUAUUAAUUUAACAAACCAAGAAGUGAACAUUAUUGCCUCAGUGUUGAGGAUAAAAUUCUAGCAUGUUAGUAUCUCUGUUAAUGCCUAUCUUAUGGGGGUCAAAUUUAAGUGGGCAAAAUAAUGUAUGAUCAACCAUAGUGCCUGCAAAUCUAUAAUUACUGAGUUAUCAUUUUUCCUUGCAGAAAUGUUAGGACUUUCAUUUCAGAUUGCCUCUAUGGAUGAAAACGGGACUCUCAGUCUGUGGGUGAGUUGGAACUUUUCCAUAGCUAUUACUCACUUGUUGCUCAGGCAUAUAGCUUUUUUUGUGCAACUUUGGCUGUUUUUGAGAGAGACUUUACACAAACAUUAAAGAUGUUAUCGCUUGGAAAAUGCCGUUUCCCUUUCCUGCUAAUUAGGGCAUCCUGUUGUGAAUCCUGUUUGUAAGUAUCAUGAGCAUCUUUUUGGUUGGUUCCUAUUAAAACUAAUAAUAACCUUUUUUAAAGAAUUACUCUGCUUUUAGAUCUAGAUUUCCAAUGCAGUUCACACAAGAAUGCUCCAUACAGUAGUGCUUUCCCCUGCUACUACCACUGUCAUGCUUUCCUGUUUGUAAAGUUGUCACAAAAUUUAUUUCUGAGGAAGACCACUCUUCUGCUGCACCUCUGGAGCAUUUAUGUAUUAUUUUAAAGAUCUGUUUCACUCAUAUUCCACAGCAGUAUAAAGUGCAGCCAAUAACCUUUCACUACGCUGUGGGUUAAACCACAGAGCCUAGGACUUGCCGAUCAGAAGGUCGGUGGUUCAAAUCCCUGCGACGGGGUGAGCUCCCGUUGCUCGGUCCCUGCUCCUGCCAACCUAGCAGUUCGAAAGCACGUCAAAGUGCAAGUAGAUAAAUAGGUACCGCUCCAGCGGAAAGGUAAACGGCGUUUCCGUGCGCUGCUGUGGUUCGCCAGAAGCGGCUUAGUCAUGCUGGCCACAUGACCCGGAAGCUGUACACCGGCUCCCUCUGCCAAUAAAGCGAGAUGAGCGCCCACAACCCCAGAGUCGGUCACGACUGGACCUAAUGGUCAGGGGUCCCUUUACCUUACUAAGCUUUGGAUGAUAUUGUAUGCUUUCAUUUGUGAAUUUUAGUGUGGUAGGGAUGCCUAAUUGCACAUUAUAUGCAAGAUUUAAAAUAUAUUUUAAGAGAAUGAUCCGUUUAGGCAAGGAAGCCCACAACCAAAUUUUAGGAAAGGAAAAGCUGGUCUUAGGGUAUAUUGUUUGGAGAAUGCCUGCAAAGCAAACUUUGUUUUGAAUAAGCAGUAAGUCAAGGAAUAAGAACUAAGGUAGUAUAGUUUUUAAUUUAGUAAACUGCAGGGUAGGCAAAGUCUUAGUGAGAACAUACGGAAAGCUGAAAUAUGUUUCAGAAUGUUUGCGAUGAUACCUCCUCUUUUUUCUUGAUUUUUAUUUUUUUUUUGCCACUUUUUAGGUAGUAGUUGAACUUCAAAAGGGGGAUCUGGCAGGCUCACAAAGUGAUUUAGGUAAGUGAAACUCCUCAGUGAAGCUGCUGUUUAUGGAAGGGAAGGAAGACAAAGUCAGAUACUGUGAGAAAAGCAUUGUUGGUCAUCACAAAAGCUUGGGAUUGUUCUGGGCAGGCAGCCAACAGUGGAAUUGCAUGCAAUACUUACAUGAAGCAUUAAAAUAAUGGCUCUGUAUACCUAGAGUCACUCUAGGUGGUAUCCUCUAUCUACCAACUUUCCUUUGUAGAAAAAUCUUGGACCUUGGAAUACAUGUUGGUCUGCAAUUUCCAUAAAGCACCAAAUCAGUGCUGCUAUUAUUAUUAUUAUUAUUAUUAUUAUUAUUAUUAUUAUUACUACAGUUCAGUUUUAUUACUUACAGGCUUAAUUCCAGGGGGCAAAAUAAAACUGGUCCACAGCUCUACAGUUCAGCUGAAUUGCAGGUAAAGAUAUGACACAUUUCUUGAAGUUAUUGUUCUAUAACCAAGCAUAUUUCUUUGUUAUAAUCUGUGUUUUUCAAUCUGAAUCACUCAGUACUUUUGAAAACACUCAGUUGCUGGAGGUUUGCAUUGUCCUCUCAAAGUGUAAAAGCCAUUUAGGCUUCAGAUGUGCUUUUAUACAACUGCAGCUGUGGAUGUGGUUGCUAUUUCUACUACAUCCUGAGGGCAGGCCAAGCAUUAUGCUGCUGUUAGUGAAAAAUCGUUUGGGAGAAGGAUCCUCCCUCUAACAGUGGACUAGGUUGGUGAGUGCUGACAGGAUUGUAGCCAAAAUGGGGACACUAAGAAACGAGGGGGGGAGGUAUCAGUAUGCUUGGGGGAACCCCAAGAUUUACAGCAAAACAAACAUUUUGAGAAAAGCUCCAAAAAAUGCAGCUCACUGAGGGCUAAAUAUGUUCAGUAUCCACACAAUACUGAUUGCCUGUUGUGGGGGGGGGGGGGCAGAAAUUGGGGAGAAGAAUGGAAUGAAAUGUCUUAGAAAAGGAUAUGAGACAGUGAAUGAGAGCACUCUACACUGCAACAUUUCUACAAUAUAUAAAUUUAUCCAUUUGACAUUUUCCCAGAUUUUAUUCAAGGGAUACCGUGCUCAUGAAGGUACCUCAGACACUGAAUAUUAAAUUUCUGCCUUCAAAUCCCAAUCAUUUUGUUGUCGGAACAGACGUUGUGAGUAAUAUUCUCUACUUAAUUUCACUAUUGCCUCCUUUCUUCUCCUGAAUGUUGUCCGUGAUCCAUCUGCAUUUGUUAACAUUUUAAUGGCGACAUCUUUAAAUGCAUGCACUUUCAGGUUCUUAUUACAAAUUGCUACAUUUUAAGUUCUAAAUAAAGCUAACAGCUCUCUGUAAAGUGUUUUUCAUGGGGGGUUUUGUAUUAAAUUUAUUCAUUUAAUAUGCAUACAAAACAAUAAUUUACAUGCCUUACAGACAAACAAGCAGAAAGGAAAGAAAACAAAACAAAAAGCAAAAAAAUAGGGAUAAAGGAAAAUUACAAAAAAUAGGUGGAUGAUAAUACACCCUGGUGACUUCCCUCCACCAGUGCUUGUCAUCUUUAAUUCUUUACCAUUCUUGUUUACAUUGCAGUUCAUGUAUCACUAUGUUACUUGUUUUAUUAAGCUAUUAAAACAACUUUACAAACUAGUCUAAACAUAUCAGCAUGCUAUCUUUAGAGCAGUGUUUACUCAUAUAUUCUUCAAACCAUAUCCAUUGUGAUCUAGUUUGGUAUCUUAUUGCUGCAGUUGAUUUUGCCCAUUCUAUAAAUUCAGCUAAUUUAUAUAUCCAGUCCUCUUUUGUGGGUAUAUAAUUUCCUUUCCAGAUUUUUUUUUUUUGCAAGAAGUAGCCUACCUGGGUUGUUUCAUUUAACGUAGCAGAAAUAAGAGUCCCCACCCCCCGCUUUUUUUUAAUUUGCAGGCUAUAGUGAGCCAUGGUACAAGGCAUGAACUAAGAAUACCUCCCAGGUGGUUCAAACCACAGCAGGGGGCGCCGAGAUCAACCAGAAUCAACGCCAUCGACUUCUCUCCUUUUGGAAAACCAAUCUUUUUGGUAUGGAUGUCCAUUUUCAUUUCUUGGCAGGAGCUUAGCCGGGCUGUUUAACAGAGCUAAACGGCAAAAUGCGUGUAUCCUAUAAUGGAGCAGUCUUUGCUUCUGUAAAGAGUUUUGCAAGUAGCAUCAAAAUUGCUCAACCCCCCAGCUCUGGCAGCGUGACUCAGAUUUCAGUCUGUUCUGAGAUGAGGCAACAAUAAUAGUGUCUUGUAAUUCUUCGUACAACUACAAACAGAUGAACGUCAAGUGUAAGAACACACACAGUUACCUUUGUUUACAUAAACUUGUAGCCAGACCAUAACCACGUAGAGAAAGGGCCAUGAACAUGCAGCGUGACUGUAAUAGCUGGACGGAGUGAAAUUCUACAGUUGGUCAGGCUCUAAAUAAGCACUUAAAUUUACUCAAGGUGUUGAUUGAACAUGCCCAGUGAAAUGUUCUGCUUUGAAAAUUAGGCCCCUGUGCCAUGUUGCAAACUGCUUUUAUGACUUUCCUUAGUUUCCAAAAAGGUUUGCUGUUCAGUAUGGGCCUAGGCCGGGCCUGCUAUGACUCGCAAGGCCCCUUGGGCACACAGAAGAGGGUUGUGCAGGCUUCUGGAUUCAGAUUAUAUGUUAUAGCAAUAUAUAGGAAUAUAGCAAUUAUAUGUUAUAGCAAUAUAUAGCAAUAUUGGCCAGACUAUCAUUCUAGUACAGUGGUGCCCCGCAAGACGAAUGCCUCGCAAGACGGAAAAACCGCUAGACGAAAGGGUUUUCCGUUUUGAAGUUGCUUCACAGGACGAAUUCCCCUAUGGGCUUGCUUCGCAAGACGAAAAUACCUUGCGAGUCUUGAGAUUUUUUUUUUCGCUUUUCCCCCCCUUUAUCUAAUCUGCUAAGCCUUUAAUAGCCUUUAAUAGCCUUUUAGCAGCUAAUCCCCUAAGCCUUUAAGCCUUUAAUAGCCGCUAAACCGCUAAUAGCGCUAAUAGCGCUAAUCCGUCAAUGGGCUUGCUUCGCAAGACGAAAAAACCGCUAGACGAAGACUCUCGCGGAACGGAUUAAUUUCGUCUUGCGAGGCACCACUGUAUUGUUUUGAAUCUGGGAAAGAGCAGUGGGGUCAAGUGCUCUUCCCUCACCUUCCUCUUACCACGUGCUGGCUUCAGUACAGUGGUACCUCGGGUUAAGUACUUAAUUCGUUCCGGAGGUCCGUACUUAACCUGAAACUGUUCUUAACCGGAAGCACCACUUUAGCUAAUGGGGCCUCGCCGGAGCACGAUUUCUGUUCUCAUCCUGAAGCAAAGUUCUUAACCUGAAGCACUAUUUCUGGGUUAGCGGAGUCUGUAACCUGAAGCGUAUGUAACCUGAAAUGUAUGUAACCCGAGGUACCACUGUAUAACGAUUCUGGCUUGGAUUAAGCCAGAGCCACCCAUUAUGUCCCAAACUGGGAAAAUCUGGCUUAACAUCAGUUAACAAACUGGGAAAAGAAGCUCAGGGGAUGCUUUACAAAGCCUGGAACAAUAAUUUCAACAGGGCCACUGUGUAUAUGACCUGUACAAGCAGACUCCGAUUUGUGCAGGGGUUGCAUUCUGCGCAACGGUGGAACACAAAUAAGCCCAUUCUGACGCCUUGUACCCUCUUUUCCAUCCACUUCCGGGUUGCCUCCUGUUAUGUGUCUAUUGGACAUUCGUAAAUCAGUUGUUGCCUGUAUACAUAAUUACCAAAACUCACUUGGGGGGGGGGGGGGAGAAGUUUUUGCCUGCACCUACAUGUUAACUUUAGCGAAUAUUGACAGUGGAAAACGCUGCAUCACUUCUGCAAGAUUUGGGUGCAGGGAAUGACGCUCCCCAACCUGGCCUGUUAGCCUGAAACCAGAGAUUAUUCACAAAAAGUUCAGUCUUCCUUUCCUUGGUACUAAGGCACAAGGGAGCUGGCGUGUUAAUCACACAGCAUGGUACUGUGUGAUAUAUAUUGCCACCACAAGAACCAAUGCACAGAACAAUUUCUAAUGUCAGCCUGACCUUUUAUUACCAGGGAUGCUUGUGGCAAUGCAAGCAAUAAGGCAGCAGCAGGCAGACAGGAGGGAGAGCAUUGGGGUUUGCCACUUAUGUGCAGUUAUUUGUGGGCAGUUGUUACAUGCUGCGGGUGAGUGGCAAACUGUGUGUGGCUCCCUUUAGAGUUGGUUGUACAUUUUAAUCAAUAAGAGGAUUACUUGUGCCAGCGAACCGCUAAGGUUUUGUCUUUAUGUUUUCAGGUGGGCUGUUCAGAUGGCAGCAUAAGAUUGCACCAAAUGACCUCUGAGCUUCCGCUUAUGCAGUGGAACAACAGCACAAGCGGGCAGCCCAUCAUUUCCCUGCAGUGGGCUCUGACCAGACCAGCCGUCUUCUUUGUUUUGGAUGCCAUGUCUGUCGUUUACAUUUGGGACCUGCUGGAAAACGACUUGGCUCCCGUAGCCAAGCAGCCUAUCUGGUCCGAUAAGUAAGUCCAUACAUAGCACGGUGUUUUAGCGAUAGUCAUACAAACUUGGUAUAAUAAUAAUAAUAAUAAUAACAAUAAUAAUAAUAAUUUAUUAUUUAUACCCCGCCCAUCUGGCUGAGUUUUCCCAGCCACUCUGGGCUGCUCCCAAUCAAGUGUUAAAAACACUACAGCAUUAAAUAUUAAAAACUUCCCUGAACAGGGUUGCCUUCAGAUGUCUUUUAAAGAUAGGAUAGCUGCUUAUUUCCUUCACAUCUGAAGGGAGGGUGUUCCACAGGGUGGGCGCCACUACCGAGAAGGCCCUCUGUCUGGUUCCCUGUAACCUCACUUCUUGCAAUGAGGGAACUGCCAGAAGGCCCUCGGUGCUGGAUCUCAGCAUCCGGGCUCAAUGAGUGACUGAACUACAAGUGACUGCUGUUCCCUUGCUAUAAACUCCGAUCUUCAUGAGCUUUACACUUCCUUAACCCAUGUAAAGAUUACUGUCAUGGUCCAGGUAAUCGCCACAUUUGGGGUCAGGAAGGAAAUCCUCCCCACGUUUCCCUCUCUGUUCCCUCUGGUGAAUAAUUUCCAAGCUUAAGGUAGUUGACAGGGUUUCCAGGAGGAACAGAGGGAUUUUGAUGUAGCUGGAGGAGUCAAACGGCCUCGGUCCAGUAUACCUAAAGGAGCGUCUCCACCCCCAUCGUUCUGCCUGGACACUGAGGUCCAGUGCAAAGGGCCUUCUGGCGGUUCCCUCGCUGCAAGAAGCCAAGUUACAGGGAACCAGGCAGAGGGCCUUCUCGGUGGUGGCACCCGCCCUGUGGAACACCCUCCCACCAGAUGUCAAAGAGGAAAACAACUAACAGACUUUUAGAAGACAUCUGAAGGUGGCCUGUUUAGGGAAGCUUUUAAUGCUUAAUAGAUUAUUGUAUUUUAAUAUUCUGUUGGAAGCCGUCCAGAGUGGCUGGGGAAACCCAGCCAGAUGGGCGGGGUAUAAAUAAAUAAAUAAAUAAAUAAAUAAAUAAAUUAAUAAUAAUAAUAAUAAUAAUAAUAAUAUGGCCAUGGCUUUGAGUCUCUCCUCUCCUGAUGUUGAAGCAGUAGGGUGGUUGGGGGUGGAGACAGCUCUUGGAGGUGGGAGUGGGGAGAAGCUGAUGCAAAUGUGGGGAGGGGGUCCUUGCUGUGUCCCUCAGAUGAAGCCACAUGGAAUGGCAGCUUGUGGAGGCCACUUUGGAGAGGAAGCAGGAGGAGCCAAAUGACAGUUGAUCCCAGUCAGGUGAAUCGAGGGAGAGUUACUUUUUCACCUUUCUCUCCCUCUCUUCUUCCCUUUGUUAAACAAGCACUUUUUUCCUCUCAGGGUUAUAACUAUGGCUGUACUGGGCGAGCCUGAAAAACCCAGCGGUCUCCUGGGGAUUGCCCUGGCCAAAGAAUCUGGAACAAUAGACAUAAAGUACGUAAAGAAGAAGUGGGCACUACCUCAGCCAGAGGAAUCUGAGAAAUUAAACUUACUUCUGCAGCAGGCCUUGUAAAAAAAAGAAAGACAUGCCUUUCUGUGAAUACACACAUAUGACAACCAUUUGAUUUUAGAUGUAUUUGUUAAUAUUUGGGUUUUAGCUUGAGUAAAAUACAUGAUUUCAUAUUUUUUCAUUCAUCUUUGUAAAUAGUAUUUAUAUAUUUUUAAAGCAUCGACACAGUAUUUGAACCUGAGAUAGAGAAUAUUUUUAUCAAACAUAAAACAGAACAAAUAUUCAUGAUAUUUUAUGCAAAGGGGAGAUAUAAAUUGUAUUUAUAUUUAAUUCCAAAAAUGUAUUUACUUAGUAUAGGCUAUGCAUUGCAAUUGUUUAUAGAUAUUUUAGAAUAAAACAAUGAACAUGAAGUCCUUUGAAGUUUAGGUAUCUUCUUUUAAAUUGAAAGCCAUUAGAUAGUUAUAUUUAUUAUUCAUUUGAAAUAAAGAGCAUUAAUAUGCUACAAAACAUUUAAUAAUGUUGGGUUGGAGCCCAUGGAAUUAAUAUAGUGUUUGGUUUCUUCAAACACCUGUUACGCGUUAAAGUGCCUUGCUUCUGGUAUGGCUGUGGGACAUUAUAGAAUCAGGAACAACUCUGGCCAUUGAGACUCUUCUUGAAAUCCUGCUUGUCUCUAGUUUUGUCUUGUGGAAACUCAGUUUUUCCUUAUGCAUGUAUUUGGACAUCUUCAUUGGAGUCGCCAAAAGCCCCAAAUCACUUACUAUACGAGCUAAACCCAUAAUGGAAUACACAGCUUCUGCACGCUGCUUUUGUGAUUUCCGAAAAUGUCCAUUUCUUGGUAAAAGGUGGUUGUGAAUAGAACUUUAGUGGUCACUCUGGUGGAAAUAUGGUUCAAAAUGGCCGUCCAACAAAAUGAAGAAGACUUGAGCGGAAUGACAGUUCAUCCAAACUUCAGCUUUGUUAUACCCUGUUUGUACUGUUUGUACUGGCUUAGAGUGGACAGGGGUAAAAUAGAUGUGCUGGGUUCAGAUGGAACUCAGGAUAUAGGGGUUUUAAUAUGCUGAUAAUAGGAUGGUUGUGUUUUUUUGUCUGUCAGUUAUUUGUUGAUUCCUAAUUUUUUUAUCUGUGUAACACACUUUGCUCAGAAGCCUU